AUGGAAUCUGCAGCUAUAGUGGAGGCGGCCGCUGGAGAUGCAGGCGGCCGUGAUUGGCUGCCGCUGUUGCCCGGGCGACGGGUGGGGAAGGAGGAGGAGGAGGCGGGUCCCCUCGGCGCUGUUUUCGGUCCUCCUCCUGCUUCUCGUCCGCUGGCAGCAAAGAGGGCGCCCUGGGAGGCGGCAUCCUUUCCGGAGGCGGAGCGGCGAGACGGAGGGAGGCAGCAGGCUGGGGCUUGCCUCUCGGCUGCGCGACCCCCGCUCAUUCCAGAGAGCCCCCAGCGCUGCAGGGAGAUGGGCUGCGGCAACUCCACCGCCACCAGCGCCGGCAGCAGAGAUACUGCAGGAACAGCAAUAGAUGUAACAGAAGAAUCAGUGUCAGAAGAUGACAAGAGGAGGAACUAUGGAGGUGUUUAUGUCGGUCUCCCAGCUGAUGCUGCUACCAAGAUUUCCACCCAGUCAAAGAAGGCGUCUCAAGGUGCUUCUUAAAAAGUUAUCUGCGUAGACCAUUCUUCGCAAUGGAAUUCAGAGCUGCCUUUCGGCUGAAGAUUUGCAUAGCCAGAAGCAUGAAGCCACCGAAAGCUUCUUGGCAGUGAAAGUUACAACGGCAGAUCAAGAAGCUGGAUGCUCAAAAUGGAACGGAAGCAUAGGACUGUGAUUUAUGGAUCUUUUUGAUGUCCUCCGGUCAGCGUUAACUAACAGAUAUAUGAUGGGUAUUUCUGCACAAAAAGAUGACGCUGUUGAUCUCCAGCACUUUGGCCGUACUACAGAAUCUACGGAUGACAAUAGGUCUAUUUUUUCAUUUGGCUACUUUUGAUAGCUUUUAUAUAACAAGACCAUUACUGCUGUUCACUCAAGUGUUCCUAGGCUAAGGUUAGUGCAAAUGAACUAUUGAUUUACUCCAGAGUAAUAUAUUUGAAUAAUAUAUGCAGGCUACUGCUGUGGGAAAUUGGAGUUACGUACCAAUAGGCAUUGUCAGCCAUUUCUAAUUAUAACCUACUUUUAUAUUGUUAACCUGCCACUGAUUUUGACAUGCCACUUUUUACAAGUGUAGAAUUGUUCAGGAAUUUUGCCAGAAAUAUAUUCAAUGAGUUGCCAGCCUACUUACUACCUACUAACGAACCAUCAUUCAUUUCAGUGAGAUGCUAACUUGCCUGCCUACCUUUCUGUAUUUUGUUUUAGUUGCUAAAAAUAACCUCUACUUUUACCAAACAAUCGUGUGUCGUGUCUUCCAUUUUGCAUAAAGAUAAUAAUGAUAUAUGUAAAUUAAUUUUUUAAAAAAUGAACAGAAGGCAACGGCAGGAAGGAGCUUGCAAGUGCUGCAGCAAGGCAAACGCUACUCAUUUCUUGCAACAAAAUUCCAUGUAAGUCCCAUUGAAAUAAAUGGCACCUGUUCAGCCACAGUCCUUGAUGGACCGUAUUCAGUGCAAAGCUUUAUAGAGACGAUCGAACCUCGAGUUCUGCACACCUCUUAAAUCUGGAGGUGUUGUGAUCAGCAUCAGAGUUGGUAUCUCAAUCUUGUUAAUGGCAACAUUUCGUUAUGUGAAACUUCAUCCCAACAUUUCAUUCCAGUCUCUGCCUUUUAUAUACCAUCCCGUUAAAUGUUUUCAAGCGCAGUUAACUUCAUACUGGUGAUCUUUCAGUGUAGCACCACUCAGUGUUUCUGCAUGGCUGAAUAUGAUGUAUUAAAUUAUUGAAGUGUUUUUGCAUAA